UUUUUUUUUUUGCCUUGUAUUAGUUUGCUAAUGCUAGUUCUAUUAUGAAAAUGUUAAUUCUGUUUUAGGCGUUUAUAGUUCAGUUACUUGGUUUGGCUUAUUACUCCAUUGUGGUGCAUAAUUUAUUUAAGUUUGAGAUGGAAAGGGUAUCAAUUUCUACCUGGUAAGGAGAUUCACAUCACAUUUCAUUUUUCAGAAAUAUAUUAUACCGAAAAUAGUAGAUAAGUUCUUAGUUUGAGCUCAACAAUGAAUUCAGUCCAGAAGGUGUGGAAUAGGGAGUAAAUGCUGAUGGGAUCUCUAAGUAGUUGAAGGGAAAUAGACAAUUGUAGACUGCCAGUAUAUCUCAAACUGACCAUAUUUGGUUUGGAUUUAUCACUAAUGAUGAUAUCCGUGAAAAAUCCGUUUCAAGAUGUGAUUAGCCAUGAGUUUGAUCACUCUGAGUCUGCGCAAGAAUUUUGGACUCAUUAAUAUUGAUAUGCUAUUUAAUUUUCCAGCAUAUGUCACUUUUCGUGAUCUUUAAGCAUGAAUAUUAAACUUUUUUGACAGGAAAUGAGACCGAAAAUAUUUGAUGGUGUCAGCAUCUUUUAAAAUAAACUGAUGUUGGAGAAAUAUAUAAUGUAUUUUGUUGAAGGUGACUUAAGAGUUUAUUCCUUUUAUGACUUGCUCAGGUGACUGUGCUAUGAAAGUGUAAUAUUAACCAAUAAAUGACGUAUAGUGUCUUAGACCCGUAUGCUCAUGCGAUAUUAUAAGGAUGGUGAUAUUUGCACUCCAGUUAUUACUUUCUGCACACCACGAACACAUUAAUUAACAUGAUGAUAAUUUCUUCUCAUAAAAAAGUAGACUAUGAUACGGAGUGCACGAUGUAAAUUUUGCAGCAAAAUCAAUCGCCGUAUCAGGAUGUUUCAUGAGUUCACUUUAACCUCGGCUUUUGAUAUAUUUGUUGCGAUUGCAAAUUAGCUAAAGAAAUGCCAUGAAUCUGAUGAUUUUUCUUUACGUGUUUCAAUCAAGUUGAAUUUUUGCUGUUGACAAGGUAUUCAUGUUUAGGUGUCAGUAACUAUUAUGAAAUGUGAAUGAUGCAGAGAGGCGUUGAAGGUUUGAUUAGGUACCUUAGCAGGAAUAAUCAACAAGGGUACCAGUAGACAUUAGAGCUGCUUACCAUACUAAAAAGCAAUUCGCAUUUGGUUUUAUUCAUAUUUGUGAUUGCAAAUGGCAAGUUCUGGAUCACUGGUACUUAUGUUUGGUUUGCGUGUUUAUAGGCGGGAACUGUCGAAGUCGUAUGAUGGAAAAUCAAAAUCAAUUUGGUAUUUGGCUGAGAAAGGGCCCAGGGAACUGAAACUGGAUAAAGGGGAGUAUGCUGUGAACAAGUUGCAGAGGUUCAUUCUAUCCCACAUAUGGAACACGAGCAAGAAAUCAGCAGCACCGUAUGGCGGCUCUGGUGUUGCUCACCUAAUUUCCAUGCCAUCCUUGCCGUUGCUGAUCACGAGCAGAUCAGCAACAGGGGCAGAAACAAACAUAUUGAAGGAGAAUGAAUCUUCUCACAAACCAGAGGACAAGAGAGUUUCAAAGAUUAAGUUUCUUCUGGCAGGAAGAAAGAGAAAGAGAUUGUUAGCACGAAGAUUGGGGAUCUCCAUGCCCAGAAUUCGUCAAUUGGACAGUCAACUAACGAGCCACUGCACUAUCACCACAAUGUCUCAGGCGACCUAUCAUGGGUGGCUGCGAAUCUCCGGCGAGGACAAUGCCGGGGACCAGAAUGGGAAGGAAUCGUGCACGAUCUUGAUUCUCUUUUCCGGAAUACUUUAUGUAGCAGUCAAGGCAGUCAGGUUGGCAGAUUGUGGCAAACCAAACCCUCUGCCGAAGCACUCUUGACUGCUUCACUUCACUCGAACCAUCCCUGCCGAUGAGGUGAGCAAACCUCAUUUCAGGCGGCGUCUGGCAGCGGAAUGAAUGGGUCCGGCGACGCACGGCAAGGGAAUGGCAUCGAGUCGUGAUGCUCUCCUCCACCGGAGAGAGUAAUCAAGAUGAUCAUAUGGGAGAGGCAGCGGGCAAAAUAACCCGCUGCAGCUCUCUUGUUUGUCUGCAUCUUGAUGUUGCCACAUGUUUUGGCAAAGGAAGGAUGUGUAGAGAAAAAGCUUUUUCUUGAUAACAUCUUUGCUAAAACUGGGCGGUGGCAUAGCUUACUUACUGUUGUUGGACAGAAGAGAAGACAAGUUGUUCAUAGGAUGAAGAUUUAUAGAAUGUGGUUUAUUUUAGAAUCAUUUUCAUCCCUGUCUUAUUACUUAGGUUGCUAUUCCAGAAUUGUAUUUUAUUCUUUGUUCCCAAGCUUUUUAAUGAAAAGCAUGACAUCGUUUUAGUAAUAAAAAGAAGUGUUGUAAACCUAAA